GUUUUCCGCUUUGACGGAAAACUACAUAUCCCAGCAUGCCUCGUUGAAUCGAAGGGAGAGAGGGGGGUCGGCGUCGAACCUGUGUUUACUUCCGGAUUUCCUGUAUAUGGCAGAGCUUGCAAACAGGCGCUCCACUUGCCCUACAAGCUCCGCGAGAGCCCCGCGGCCCGAUCCGACCCGAGACCGUCUCCGGUGGAGCGCGAUGCUUCGGUGACCGGAGAGCCGCCAUACUCCGGCGCAGCAGCAGCAGCAGUAGCAGCGGGGAGAUUAACGUUAGCGCAGCUUCACCCAGAAACUAUCCUUCUGCCACCCUUCGCCAGACGUCAAAGUCAAUGCGGUCCUCGACCGGAGCGCUGGAGCUCACCCGCCUCUCAUGCGCCGAUCAUUAACGCGCCUUCGCUCGCCAAACACGAGAACCGGAGAUUAAACGCCACCGAGAGCCGAGCCAGACUCCUAGCUACCGGGAUAAACCGACGGAGGACAGCAGCAGCAGCAGCUCUGCGUGGAUUUGCCCCUCUCAGUCAUCAUGGAGUGGUUAAUGGGGAAGGGCAAAGGGAAGCCCAAUGGAAAGAAGCCGCCCACCGAAGAGAAGAAGCAUUACCUGGAUGCAGAAUACACCAAAGUAAGAGUCGUCGACUUCGACCUCAAGGAGCUGGUGGUUUUGCCGAGAGAGAUCGACCUGAACGAAUGGCUCGCUUGCAACACCACGACGUUCUUCAAUCUCAUCAACCUGCAGUACAGCACAAUCUCCGAGUUCUGCACGGGAGACACCUGUCCAGCCAUGACCGCCUGCAAUACGACGUACUUCUGGUAUGAUGAAAAAGGGAAGAAGACCAAGUGCACAGCGCCGCAGUACGUGGAUUUCGUCAUGAGUUCAGUUCAGAAGCUGGUGACCGACGAGGACAUCUUUCCCACCAAAUAUGGUAAAGAGUUCCCCAACACCUUUGACUCGCUGGUGAAGAAAAUCUGCAGGUAUCUCUUCCACGUUCUGGCCCACAUCUACUGGUCCCACUACAAGGAGACGGUGGCCAUGGACCUGCACGGACACCUAAACACACUCUACACGCAUUUCGUGGUAUUUAUAAGGGAAUUCAAUCUGAUGGACCCCAAGGAGACGUCUAUAAUGGACGACCUGACGGAGGCCCUGUGCACGCCGCUGCCCCCUCAGCCACAGAACCACGUGACGGAGAGAUGAGUCCGGCGCCGCUCCGUCUCUGACCUGCCAAGCCGGGGUUCAGAAGGACUGCUGGGACUCAUAGACCUUCUUCACCCUCCCAGAACACUGCUCUCUUUAGGACCCAGUUCGGAGCGCUCCGCCAGGCCUCCCGCCGAAUGACCUCAGACGCGGCCGUCUAACCCUUUAACAGAGAACAACCUGACCGUGCUUCGGUCUCCUCCCCGUUUCCGCUUUCCGUUCGAUGCAGCAGUUUCCCCUCUCUUGGUUUGAUAAGGGUGUCGGCCUGGUCCUCGUGUACGGUAUAAAGGUUUCUUUUUCAUUUUUAUAGGGUAAAAGGGGUGUGUGCGUGUGUGUGUGCGCGUGUGUGUUCAAGGCUUUUGCACUCAGGAACUGAGAGAGCUGUCAAUGCUACCUGCUCACCCACAAGCCUCUCGGUGUCACUUUACUCAUCAUAUAGCAAUCCCAUCCUCCCUCUACUUGUAUGGGACAGACUUGUGUUGCAUAUUAGCACGCUGAACACUGUAGAGGAGAGCCGAGGUGAAUCCAGGGCCUGGGUUUCACGCGUUCUCCCUCGAGAAUGACAAGGACAUUCGCGUUGUCUGCUGUUGAAUCUGAACGUCCCGAGUUCGGAGGACUGCUUGUAAUCAUGUCUAGCCUCGUUCUGAAAAGACGAUUUGUGAACGGAAAAGAAUGUACACUUCGUGUGGGUUGUCUUCGAGCGACUGAGAGAGUGACGGAUGCUUUAGUUCUCCCUCCAUCACUGUUCAGAGAGUUUGUGUUGCGACGAGAAGAUCGGACUUUUCCUUUUAUUUAUUUCUCGGUUUUCUUUUUCCUUUUCGUUUCGGUUUUAGUUGCCGUUUUUUCAGGGCUCCUCGGUUCUGGCUUUUGUUUUAUGUAUUUUAAUAAUACUUUAAGUUAAAAGCGAUUUAAUAUUUUAAGCUCUGCAAAUUAUAACCUAAUAAAAUAUUUAAAAGUCA